UAAAUUAAAAAUAAAAUAUUUACCUCUGUUUUAAAACUGUAGUUAUGUAAUGAAAACCCCUGGUCUCACUUGCUGGCUAACAUGAAAAACAGGCCCUUUCUCAGAGCUUCAAAGUUACCCAUUCAUUGCUGAUAACCUUGAAGACAAAAAUCUCCAUUUAUUUAUUACAUUUAUGUUUUCUAUUUAGGCUGAAAUGGCAAGAAAUUAUUCAGAACAAGGGAAACAUGAUCAAAAAUGUACCAAGAGAGCCCAAAACCUCAGAGCUGCGAAGACCAAGAAAGAAACUAAAGAGAAAACUCAAAACAACCAAGGGUGCUUGACAAAAAAGCUUUUACUUGCAGCUAAGCCAUUGCAGAAGGAAGCAGAAGAUAACACAAGGAAACAGAAGUUUAGAACUUACUUUUCUGAAAAUGUGAAGAGCAAAGAAAGAAGGGCAGAUGGAGCUGUAGGUGGAAUUUCACUGACCCAAUAUGAAGAUUAUCUGUCUCUAGUUUAUGGAAAACCAAUUUACCAGGGCCACCGGAGCACGCUUAAAAAAGGACCUUACCUGAGAUUUAACUCUCCCUCUCCCAAAUCUAAACCGCCCAGACCCAAGCUGAUAGAGACUGUUAGAGGUAAGUGAUUCUUUGAUGGGAAUAAGCUGUUCCUUCCCAGUUUUUUUACCAGGAAUUCCUUGUGAAAAUGAAUCUGUUCAUUUUAGUUCAUCUGCUUUUCAAUAUAAAGCUUAAGCAACUGCAGUGGCUUUUCAGAGAGGUGGUCGCUGCCUCAGGUUGGUCAGGGCUUAAGAGGCAUUUGGAAAAUGCCUUUAAUUUAAUUUUUGUACAGCCCUGAAGUGGUCAGGCAGUUGGACUAGAUGGUUGUUGUAGGUCCUGUCCAUUUGAAAUAGUUUAUUUAAGAUCCUCUUUUCAAAACUAAAAAAUACCAAAAGUUGUUCAGCUUUGCUUAAUGUGUCUCUCACU